GAGAGAGGAGUGAAAGACAACUGAAGGUAAACGAUGACCAGAAUAAAAAAGAAAUGCAACGUCUAAUUGACGAAGCUUAACAAAAAAAAAAAAAAGAGUCUAAUUGACGAAAUUGACAAGCCAACGUCUACUAGACUCUUGCAUUGAGCACUUCCAUGGACUGGUUAUUCAUGUGUUGAAGUUAAUGCAAAAAUUUUGAGCAGUUUUUCAGAUUGUUAGAAGAUGGAGAAGGUGACAAGAAGACUGAUUUUACGCACCAUCCCAUGUUUCUUGCUCCUCGUCUCCUUGGCGCUUUUCACUGUCGAAUUGAGAUCCGUUGUAUUUCCAUCAAAUCAAUGGAAGAAACAAAGAACAAAUUGGCAUGGGAGUGGCAUAGAAGAUCAAGAAGCGGUAGGGAAGGAACAGAGAACCAAUUGGCGUGGGAGUAGCAUAGAAGAUCAAGAAACGGUAGGGAAGGAACAGAGAAUUGGCAUAGAAGAUCAGGAAAUGGUAGGGAAGGAACAUAGAACAAAUUGGCACGGGAAUGGCAUAGAAGAUCAACAAAGGGUAGAGAAGAAACAGAGAACAAAAAGUUGGGGCGGGAGUAGCAUAGAAGAUCAAGAAGUUGUAGGGACGAAACAGAGAACAAAUUGGGGCGGGAGUCGCAUAGAAGAUCAACAAAUGGUAGGGAAGAAACAAAGAACAAAUCGGGGUGUGAGACGCAUGGAAGAUCAAGAGCACCCAGAUUCCCUCUUUCAAAGACUAGUGACAGGACGAAGUCAAACGCAGCUGAAAGCAACUGGAUUUGCUUGCCAUUCUGACGUUCACACUAAUGUUUGUGUGUCCAGUAGACCAGUAAGGAUUGAUACACGAACAAUGAAGGUUUAUGCACCAUUCAGUCAAGCUAUGACGAACCAAGAAAAUCACACGAUUAAUCCAUAUCCUAGGAGGGAAGAUAAGACAGCCAUGGAAUAUGUUUCGUCAGUCCAGAUACUUCAGGGAAACAUCGCCCCCCCUCUAGCUUGUCGUUACACCCAUAACGUCCCAGCAGUAGUCUUCUCAUCCGGUGGCUUCACAGGAAACAUAUUUCAUGAGUUCAACGAGGUUAUCAUUCCUUUGUUCCUCACUACUCGCCACUUCCAAUCUCGCCUACACUUUGUUGUCACCGAUUUCAGACCUCCAUUCGUUGCUAAAUUUAGCAAAGUCCUGUCCCGUUUGUCUAGCUAUGAAGUUAUUAAUCCAGCAGCAAAUGAAAGCAUGCAUUGCUUUCCAGGAGCAGUCGUCGGUCUUCACUACCAUGACAAUAUUGCUGUAAAAACCACUGGUUAUAUCCCCGAAGGUUACUCUAUGCUUGAUUUCACGCAAUUUCUCAGAGAUUCUUUCAAUCUAAAGAAACGAUAUUUGUCACAAACGGAAAAACCGGUGUUAGUUCUCAUAUCUCGUCCAAAAACAAGAAUGUUUCUGAACGAAGAUCAAAUGGUGACUAUGAUGAAGACAUUGAGAUUCAAUGUUGUCAUUGCAAAGCCUGAUACGAUGGUCGAUGUACCUAAAUUUGCAGAGGUAAUGAACUCGUGCAACGUACUGGUUGGGGCACACGGUGCUGGGCUUACCAAUGAAAUCUUCAUGCCCCAAGGGGCUGUCAUGGUGCAAGUGGUUGGGCUGAACCUAGAAUGGGCCUCAACAGCCUACUAUGGCAGGCCCGCUACGGAGAUGGGUUUGAAAUACAUAGAGUACAAAAUCGAACCGGAGGAAAGCUCUCUCAUUUCUCUUUACGGGAAAAAUCACCCUGUCAUUACUGAUCCGGCAUCCAUAGAAGCGAAGGGGUAUAGGGUUGGUAGGGCUGUGUACCUUGAAGAGCAGAAUUUUAAUAUUAGUGUUGUGAGGUUCAGAAAGACUCUUGUCCAAGCACUUGAACUUCUUGGGCGCUCGGCUCCUUUGGAUUGAAGAAAAAGUGUUUUGAGAUGAUUCCUCCUAGCUAGUUUAUUUGUGAAUAUACGAUUAAGAAAUAAGAGGAAUCUGUGUUACUAUUAGGAAGAUAAAGAAAUGAUGGAGCACGUCAAUUUGUACA